AUGAGCGGUUCUACAGGAUCAGAGCAUACUGUCACUGUGACGGGCGAAGACGGAGCCCCUACACCUCAAGAUGAGCCGGAAAAGCCCUCAGGCGAGGAUGGCAGCUUCAAGGAUUAUAUUAGAAUCUUCCACUUCGCCGACAAAUGGGAUUGGAUUCUCAACGUCCUUUCUCUAUUCUCAUCAAUCGCGAGUGGCGCUGCCCUGCCCUUGAUGACCGUCAUCUUUGGUCAGUUUACCUCCAAGUUCAGCAAUUUCGCCAGCGGUACGAGCUCUCCCGAACAAUUCAAACGAGACGUCAACCAUUUCACAUUAUGGUUCAUCUACCUGUUCGUCGCCCGGUUUGUUCUCGGGUAUAUCGCAUCGAUCACCGUAACCAUCUCCGGCAUGCGGACUGCAAGAGCGAUCCGAAAAGCCUUUGUGGACCAUCUUUUGCGAAUGGAGAUUUGGCACUUUGAUCUUCCUGGCCGCGGCUCCCCCGCCACGCAGGUCACCACGAACGCUAAUCGCAUCAAUACCGGGAUUGGCGAGAAGUUGACCUUGAUCAUCCAGGGCAUUGCAAUGUUCUUCUCUGCCUUCGUCGUUGCGCUUGUCGUGCAGUGGAAGCUCGCGCUCAUCACGAUCAGCGUUAUCCCCCUCAUUCUCGUCAUCACUGGUAUAUGCAUGGGGAUCGAUGCCAUGCAGGAGGCGAGGAUUAUGAAAUUUUACUCGGAUGGAGCGGUCGUGUCUCACGAGGCGCUUUCUUCCAUCAAAACCGUGCAUGCAUUUUGGGCACAGAAGCUGAUGGUGUCGCGAUUUGACGAGUAUCUCGUCAAAGCCCACAAGGAGGGGAACAAGAAGUCCUUGAACUAUGGAGUCAUGUUCGGAACCGAGUUCUUCUGCUCCUAUGGAAUGAUGGCACUGGCCUUCUGGCAGGGUCAUCGCAUGUAUCUGUCCGGAGAGAUACCGGACAUUGGAACUGUUUUCACGGUUGUUCUAUCUGUCGCCAUCGCGGCAAGCUCUGUGACGAUCUUCGCAAUGCAAGUCACCGCCCUGACUAACGCUGCUGCCGCCGCCGCCGAGCUCUUUGCGAUCAUGGACAAGCCAUCUUCUCUGGAUCCAUUGUCCGAAGAGGGUAUUCAGCCAGCGACCUGCAUUGGACAGAUUGAAGUGCGAGAUUUGAAAUUCGUUUACCCAUCUCGACCAUCUGUUACUGUCCUCGACGGAUUUACUCUCUCUAUACCCGCAGGGAGAAAGACAGCCUUGGUGGGCGCCAGCGGUUCAGGGAAAAGUACUCUUGUAGGACUUUUAGAACGAUGGUAUAACGCCGAGGCCGGUAGCAUUACGCUUGACGGGGUGGAACUGUCGGAGUACAACACCCGGUGGCUAAGAACAAAAAUCAGCCUUGUCCAACAGGAGCCUGUUCUGUUCAGAGGUACUGUCUAUGAGAACGUCCUCAAAGGUCUUAACGACGAGCAGCGACAACUUCCCGCAGACGAGCAACGAAAACUCGUAGAGGAGGCCUGCAAGGCUAGCUUCGCUCACGACUUUAUCAUGAAUCUCCCAGAAAGAUACAAUACCUAUGUCGGUGAAAGGGCAAGCAUGCUUAGUGGCGGACAGAAGCAGCGGGUUGCAAUCGCACGCAGCAUCAUCUCUAACCCCCAGAUCCUCCUCCUCGAUGAGGCGACCAGUGCCCUCGACCCUGAAGCAGAGAAGAUUGUCCAAGCAGCGUUGAACCGCGUCUCGGCAAACAGAACGACCGUCACCAUCGCUCAUCGUCUGUCCACCAUCAAGGAUUCCGACAACAUUGCCGUCAUCUCGAAAGGGAAGGUUGUCGAGCAGGGCACACACCAGGAGCUCAUUGAUUGUGAUGGGCACUACGCACGAUUAGUCCGGGCGCAGGACCUCGGGGGUGGCCCUACAGACGAAACACAUAAAGCGGAACAUACAGAAAAGGAAAUGGGGUUAAUCUCGCCAGACGAGAAGCCUUUCAUGUCAGAGACAAAUACGGAAACCACCGACGAUCAGCCGUAUGCACCUCCAUCGGGACACGGCAUGUCACUUAUCCGCUGCGUGGUCCGCAUAUGCAUUGAACUGAAGGACCUCCACUUCAUAUUGUUCGCUCUGGUCAUAUGUUGUCUUCUUGCGGCUGGCACCUAUCCCGCACAGGCUGUCCUCUUUUCUCGGCUCAUUCAAGUCUUUUCGUUCGGAAAAGGACCCGACAAAGCCAAUUUCUACGCUCUUAUGUUCUUUGUUGUGGCCAUCGGGAAUUUCACCGUCUACUUCAUCAUUGGAAAUUUGGUCAACAUCGUGUCGCAGAGAAUGAUCCAUCGCUACCGACGCGAGAUGUUUGAACGAUUGGUCAACAUGGACAUGGCAUUCUUCGACCACCCAGAAAACACCUCUGGAGCGUUGACGUCAAAAAUCUCCACCGUUCCAACGAACUUGCAAGAGCUCAUCUCCAUGAACAUCUGCAUCUUACUUGUCAUCAUCUUCAACGUCCUGGCGAGCAGUGGGCUGGCCCUCGGGUACGGCUGGAAGCUAUCCCUCGUCAUGAUGUUCGCGGGGCUUCCCCCUGCUCAUUGGUUCAGGGUACGUCCGGGUGCGCCUCGAAGCGAAGCUCGAGUCAGACGUGUCUGCGAGCUUUUCCGAAAGUGCGGACGUCGCGAGCGAGGCUGUUGGCGCUAUUCGAACGGUGGCAUCGCUGGCAAUCGAGCCGGAGGUGAUGCAAAGAUACAGCCAGUUACUGGACGGAAUUGUCCUCCGGUCGGUCAGAAGCCUGAGUUGGGCUAUCAUUCCAUACGCGUUCUCGCAGUCGGUCGAGUUUCUUGUCAUGGCCUUGGGGUUCUGGACGUGAGCUUUUGCUACCCUCAGCGUGAGGUCAAGGCGAUCGAUAACGUUUCCAUCAACAUCAAAGCGGGCCAGUUCGUCGCCUUUGUAGGCGCCUCUGGCUGCGGAAAAUCAACCCUUAUCUCCCUGCUGGAACGAUACUACGACCCGACCUCCGGCCAGAUCGUGCUAGGCAACCACGACAUAAAGCACAUGUCGCCUCGCCUUUACCGCUCGCACCUAUCGCUAGUGCAACAGGAACCUGUUCUGUACCAGGGUAGCGUGCGGGAGAACAUAUCGCUCGGGUCCAGCGCCGACGCGCCGCCGUCUGAAAAAGCAAUCCACGAGGCAUGUCGCCAGGCCAACGCGCUCGAAUUCAUCGAAUCCCUCCCCCAGGGCUUGGAGACGCCGUGCGGGUCCCGCGGACUGUCAUUCUCCGGCGGACAGAGGCAGCGCAUUGCGAUCGCGCGGGCCCUCAUUCGCAACCCUCGAGUCUUGUUGCUUGACGAGGCCACGUCUGCGCUGGAUACGCAGUCGGAGCGGCUCGUGCAGGCUGCGCUAGACGAUGCGGCUAGUACGGAAGGCAGGACGACCAUCGCGGUGGCGCAUCGGUUGUCGACGAUUCGCCAUGCGGAUUCGAUUUACGUGUUUGCUGAUGGGAAGGUGAUGGAGUCGGGGGAUCAUGAACAGCUGCAGCGGCUGAAGGGACGGUAUUACGAGAUGUGUCUUGCGCAGUCGCUGGAUAAAGCUGUUUAG